GGGAGGGGCCGCCCGGCCGGGCCGCGCGGAACCGGUGCCGGGAGGAGGCGAAGCUGGGCCCGUGGCUGGUGGUUGGGAAUCCGCUGACGGAGACAGCCGGGGGCAGGGGGAACACGAGGCAGAGAGCCUGCCCCACGUACCCGCCUGCUCCAGGCGAGAUCGGGGAGCCCUGUCCUGGGGUGCUCAGCCAGAGCGGAGCGGAGCUCGGGGCACUGCUCACCGGCACCUUGCACUGGCACUCCAGGCGGGGUGGACAUGGGCAUUGGCUGUGCCCCGGCGUGCAAGCGCCUGUGCAGAGGCCCCGGGGCUGCCAGUGACUGGGCCGGGCCGGGGGUGUAACUGGUUCCAUGGACAUGGCGGCGAGGGACAGGUUUGCAGAGAUGCAGGACAGGCUUCGAAUCCUGGAGGACCUCAACAUGCUGUACAUCCGGCAGAUCGCGCUCAGCCUGCAGGACACGGACAUCCAGAAGAAGAUUGACCAUGAGCUCCGGAUGCGCGAAGGUGCCUGCAAGCUGCUGGCAGCCUGUACACAGCGGGAGCAGGCGCUGGAGGCAACCAAGAGCCUCCUGGUCUGCAACAGCCGCAUCAUGGCCUACAUGGCCGAGCUGCAGCGCAUGAAGGAGGCGCAGGUGGCGCAGAGGACGGCCCGGCGCCCCUCGGACGCUGGCCCCAUGGACGAUCGCUUGCCCUGCAGGGGAAAGGUCUGCGUGUCAGAUCUCCGGAUCCCCUUGAUGUGGAAGGAUACGGAGUAUUUCAAAAACAAGGGAGACCUGCAUCGCUGUGCCGUGUUCUGCCUGCUGCAGCUCGGUGUGGAGAUCUAUGACACCGAGAUGGUGCUGGUGGACCGGACGCUCACUGACAUCUGCUUCGAGAACGGGGUCCUCUUCACGGAGGCAGGCCCAGACUUCGAGCUGAAGGUGGAGCUGUACAGCGCUGGGCUGGAGGAGGACUCUGCGCUCGGUAACACCCCAAAGAAGCUGGCCAGCAAACUGAGCAGCUCGCUGGGACGUUCCUCCGGGAAGCGGCUGCGCGCGGCGUUGGACGGGGCCCCAGGGAGCCCCGUGAGUAAUGGGGGGAGCAGCCCCCUCCUGCUGCCGGCCCCCAGCGUGGCGGGCCCCAAGUACCACCUGCUAGCCCAUACCGUGCUCUCACUGGCCGAGGUUCAGGACAGCUUCCGCACCCAUGACUUGGCCAUCACCAGCAAUGAGGAGAGAUCCUUCUGGCUGCCCCUCUAUGGCAGCAUGUGCUGCCGCCUGGCUGCCCAGCCCAACUGCAUGGCCCAGCAGAUGAUGUGUGGCUUCUUGAAAUUGCAGCAGCAGGUGGGCGAGCAGCAGAGCUGGGUGCGGCUGUUCUGCGUGCUGCGGGGCUCCAACCUCCUCUGCUACCGCCGGCCCCAAGACACCGAGGCCCUGGUGGAGCCGGCACUCACCAUCGCCAUCAACAAGGAGACGCGGAUCCGGGCCACGGAGGACGCCAGGAACAAGCCGCAGAGCAUGUCGGUGACUAACCGCUAUGGGGGGGAGGAGGUGACGCACACGCUGCUGGCGGAGAGCCGGGCCGACACGCAGCGCUGGAUGGAGGCCUUCUGGCAGCACUUCUACGACUUGAGCCAGUGGAAGCAGUGCUGCGAUGAGCUCAUGAAGAUCGAGGUGCCGUCCCCACGCAAGCCCCCAGCCCUGCUGGCCAAGCAGGGCUCCCUGUACCAUGAGAUGGCUAUUGAGCCUGUGGAUGACAUUGAGGCUGUGACGGACAUCCUGGCGCGGCGGGUGACGGCCCUGGAGCUGCGGCCGGACCUUGGCUGCCCCCCAUGGCUGUCUCUCUUUGAGGGGCCCCUGCUCAGCGCGUCCCACGCCAGCAUCACUUCUGAGACGGCCAGCGCCAGCCCCUCUCGCUCACGCCCGCCGUGGGGCCGGCCCCGCACGCUCUCCCUGGACGCCAGGCUCAGCACGCUGAAGGGGCGUGCUGGGAAGGGCCCCGCCAUCGCCCUGCGCCCGCUGGCUGGCCCCCCCCACUCCAGCUCCUCCAGCAGCGGCAGCACCACCCCCGAGUCAGAGCGCCAGGGCCGCUGCCCCACUCGCCCCACCCUGGAUCCUCGCAGCUGUCUGCAGUCCCAGGUCUGAGCAGCAGGGGGGGCCCGGAGGCGGCACCUGCACCCUGACCAGGACUGGAGGUGAUGGGGAAGAUGCCCUGGGCAGGGGCCCCCUCAUGGCCCAGCCAGCCCCAUGGACCCCUGCUCAGGCAGCAGCCUUGGCUGAGCCGCGGUGUCAGUUCUCCAUCCUGAGCAGCAGCACCUCCCCACCCUGUCCUCCCGCUGAGCCCCCACCCCUGGGGACGUCGCUCUCGCAGGGCCAAGGGACCCCACC